AUGUCUUCUAGGCCAGUGAAAAGCCCGUUAAAGGCUCAAAAUGGGGUCGUGGAAGAUGACUCGCCCGUGAAAAAGAUUCCCAAACGUAGCCGAAGGAUUCUGGACAGCGAUGAGGAGGAUAAUGAGGAAGUCGUACAUGGCACCAAACAGCAAGUUAAAGACGACACGUUGAAGGCUGUGCCAACCCCCAUGUCUCCUCCACCGCCUCCCCCGGCAUCCAAGACGGCCAACACGCCCGUCACUCCCGUUUCGACCAACGCAACUUCCACUUGUGCCAUGCCUUCCACACCUGUCACUCCCUCCUCCUCUAUGUCCCCGGGGACCCCCAACUCCGUCUCAUCUUCUGGGGGCACUAGCAAGCGCAAGACGGCGAGGAAGAUGUUUCCCAAGAGGAAAUUGGACGACAGUCACAGCGGCAGCGAGAGUCGAAAGGAGGAAGAGGCUGCAAGCAUGCGGACGCCGGUGGCGGACGAGGGUCAGCGCAACAAGCGAGCCCGUGUGGAUGACAAAGAGGUGUCAAUGGAAGAAAGUGAUGACGAGGUGGCGGUGGAGCAGCAGGUGAAGAUGCUGGACAAAGAACAGGAGAUGGCGGAGGCGGUAGCUAAAAAGCCCGAAGUUGAAAAGAAAGAGGAUGACAGCAAGGACACGAAGGAGCCAACAGAGGAAGCCAAGAAAGCUCCAAUCAGCAGCUUCUUUGCACCCAGAAAGGCUGCAUUGAACAUUGAUAAGAUGAAAAGUGAAACGGAGAAGCCGACGGCGAUGACUUUAUCCACCGGGGAGGAUAACAAAGAUGCAAAAAUCGAAUCGACCGACACGGACUACAACCCGUCCAGAAGCAACUACCACCCGCUGGAGCACGCUUGCUGGAAGGAGGGGCAAAAAGUGCCUUACCUGGCGGUGGCUCGAACCUUUGAGAGGAUCGAAGAGGACUCUGGCAGACUGAGAAAUAUCGAGACUCUAGCCAACCUGUUCCGCUCAGUGCUGCUGCUUUCCCCAGACGACCUACUGUGCUGCGUGUACUUGUGUUUAAACCAGCUGGGACCCGCCUACCUUGGCAUGGAACUUGGCAUCGGGGAGACUGUGCUGAUGAAAGCUGUUGCACAGGCCACCGGGCGACAGCUGGACAAGAUCAAGGCCGAGGCCCAGGAGCGUGGGGAUCUGGGCCUGGUUGCCGAGAGCUCCCGCAGUAACCAGCGCACCAUGUUCAGGCCGGCCAGCCUCACAGUGGGAGGCGUCUUCAAAAAGCUGAAGGAGAUCGCCAGCAUGAGUGGCAAUUCGGCCAUGAAUAAGAAGAUCGACAUCAUCAAAGGCCUCUUUGUGGCCUGCCGCUUUUCUGAAGCCCGCUACAUCGUCAGGUCGCUGGCGGGGAAGCUGAGGAUUGGUUUGGCCGAACAGAGCGUCCUGUCGGCGUUGAGUCAAGCUGUGUGCCUCACGACACCUCAGAAAGGUGCCUCCCCUGCCGUAAUAGACGCCGGAAAAGGAAUGUCCGCCGAGAGCCGGCGUGCUUGGAUAGAAGAGAAGAGCCUCAUUCUUAAGCAGACUUACUGCGAGAUGCCCAACUACGACAUCCUCAUCCCCGUCCUUCUCAAAGAAGGCAUCGACCAGCUGCCCAACCACUGCAAGCUCACUCCAGGUGUACCCCUGAGGCCCAUGCUGGCGCACCCAACUAAGGGAGUUGGGGAGGUGAUGAAACGCUUUGACGAGGCGGCGUUCACCUGCGAGUACAAAUACGAUGGCGAGCGUGCACAGAUUCACAUUCUGGAGGGCGGCGAGGUUCGGAUAUUCAGCCGAAACCAGGAGGACAACACCAGCAAGUACCCCGACAUCAUCUCUCGUAUCCCCAAGGUGAAGAAAGAAUCUGUAGUCUCCUGCGUGCUGGAUUCUGAGGCAGUGGCGUGGGACCGCGAGAAGAAGCAGAUCCAACCCUUCCAGGUUCUCACCACACGUAAGCGGAAGGAUGUGGACGCAUCUGACAUCAAAGUCCAAGUGUGUGUGUACGCCUUUGAUCUACUCUACCUCAAUGGAGAGUCUCUUGUUCGUCAGCCGCUGUGCCGGCGUCGGGAGCUACUACGAGAGUCCUUCGCCGAAGUGGAGGGAGAGUUUUUAUUUGCGAGCUACCUCGACUCAGACAACACAGAAGCUAUCGCGGAGUUUCUGGAGCAGUCUGUCCGAGACUCAUGCGAAGGCUUGAUGGUGAAGACUCUAGAGAAGGACGCUACCUAUGAAAUCGCCAAGCGCUCCCAUAACUGGCUCAAGUUAAAGAAGGACUACCUGGAAGGUGUCGGCGACACAGUGGAUCUGUGCGUUAUCGGCGCUUACCUUGGUAAAGGCAAGAGAACGGGCACGUACGGCGGCUUCCUGCUGGCUUGCUACGACGAAGAAAACGAGGAGUUCCAGUCAGUCUGCAAGAUUGGAACCGGCUUCAAGGACGAAGAUCUGGAGCAGCACCACAAGUUCUUAAAGGAACAUAUCCUACCCAAGCCCCGGCCCUACUACCGCGUGGACCAAUCGGCCGAGCCUGAUGUGUGGCUGGAUGCUGUGCAGGUUUGGGAAGUGAAAUGCGCCGACCUGUCACUGUCACCUGUGUACAAGGCAGCCAUGGGAAUGGUGGAUCCAGUGAAAGGAAUCUCCCUGCGUUUUCCCCGCUUCCUUCGCAUCAGAGACGACAAAAAGCCCGAGGACGCCACCAGCGGUGUUCAGAUUGCCGACCUGUACAAGAAGCAGCAGCAGAUCCAGAAUCAGGGAGACAAAGUCGACAUGGAGGACUACUAUUGA